GCCAUAACGACUUGGAAGUCAUCAGUGACCACGCCCGCCAUCCGGGAAGAGAGACAACACGCUCUCGUAUCCACGCCAGUGGUCCCUCGAGCGGGACAAAUCGCUGCCAAGGGCCCAGCUCAUGCUCAGGCUCCGCCGCCGGCUCCGAAGAAAUUUCGUUCGGGUUGGAGUGAAAGAGCUAUUGUCCGUGUUACAUGACAUUGUGCGUACAUCAAGCAUGUGUGCCGAACCUAUGUAUGGUGCUGUCCACCGUGGUGUGCAGCCUUUGUAUUUCGGUGAUCCGGGAGAGGGGAGCAGUGGCGAAGGUUCACAGAGGGAAGAGCAAGAGGAAGAGGAAGAGGAAGGUUCUCAAGAGGGGAACGAUAGUGAGAAUACAAUUAGUGAUCGACAGCGUCGUGGAUGGCAAUCAAAGAAGAUGGGCAGUGGCAAUUUUGCUCCCACCGGUGUCAAGUUGUCUACUGCAAUGGAACAGGUUGACGAAGGAUGUGAAGGUGGGCAAAGUGUCACCACAACACUCACAGCUGUCACAGUGACAGAUAAUGAAUGGUGUGAUGGCAGUGGCGCAAGUGUCUUCCCCGUUGGCGAGAAGGACAAUAUUGGUAGCCCACAAGGCCAUAUGUGGAUGUCUAUGGAUAUUUUGCCAUAUGGGUUGGGAAGCCAAGGACGGCUCAGGGCAUCAUUGGAUGAAACCAUGUAUCUGGCAGAAACGGAACAGCAACCUGAGGCUCACACUCCACUUGAUGAAGAGACACUCAGAGGCGACUUAGAGAUUCCUGCAGAAUUUCAAAGUCCGAUAUCAGAGGAUAAAACACAACGAGGGUCUCAGGAGGCGAGUACUGAAACAGGCUACCAGGAGGAAGCUAUGCUUGCGGAGGAGAUGGAACCGGGCGGCGAGCCUAACAUUCCAUUGGAUGAAGACAUCCCUGGUAGCGACUUCGAUACUGGUACUGGAGGGUCUCAGUAUUUAGCUAUUGUAUUCGAUACUGCUGGGAAGAACGACACUCUUGAGGGGCUUGUGGCGAAAUAAGCAAUUCAAGUGUCGGACAUCGAAGAGGAUGAAGGACAUAUUGUACAGACUAC